AGGGAAGAAAGCGUGCCAAGGUUGCUUUUCGUGAAGCAACUACGCUGUAAAGGCUGUAAAGACGUCACCGAUAAGGACAUGCGGUUUUCGAUACAUUGCUAGCUAUUGCAACGAAUGCAAUCGGUCGAACAACUGCCGCAAUGUAUCUAAUCUAAAGCCACGUACGAUAUCGGUAAUGUUUGUGGAGCCAUAGAAAACUAAGCAGGCAUAGUGCUCACUCCAUACAUCAUUUUUCUUACUAAAACGCUUAUUAUUUUCGUAGUCGACAUCUAGCGUCAAGUAGCGGAUUUAUCAGUACUGCUACUUGACAAUAGAUGUCGCGACGAACGAAAAGUCUAAUGCUCAACCAUUUUCAGUUAAUAUUAUAACCGAAUUGUCCGGAACUCUGUUUUCAACUCCUUCUGCUCGUAAUAUUAGUUAUAAAUUGUUGAGUUGAACACACUUUUCGUUAGUCGCGAUAUUCGUGACUCGUGUCAAGUAGCGGUACUGAUAAAUGCACUACUUAACGCUAGAUGUCGACUACGAAAAUAAUAAACGUUUUGAUAAGAAAACUGAUGUAUGGAGUGAGCACUCUAUGCUUACUAAUUUCUGCAUGGUAAUACCAAAAAGCCUAAUAGAUUGUAUCUGACACGACUGACUGGCCUGACUAUACGCGCUGAAUGUAAAUACAAUGAACGAAUGAACGGUAGAUUCGCCUAAAUAUAUUUUGGCCUUGAGAUGAGUCGCGGGCGCGGCGCCGGCCGGCGUGGAGACACGAUAUACUUAAACGUUGUUAUGUUUGGAUUAAUUGUUUCCUACAUAGUGAAUAUGCUACUUGUAUCAGUGUUUUGAUAAAAAAAGUGGGUUAAGAUAUUGUUAUACUUAAUUUUAAGUUUUUAAGUGACCAAAAUGAGGACUUAGAGUGAUAUUGAUAUAACUUUUGAAAACAUGGGUUAUUAUGGAGCCAGGGCUGCUGCUCGCUUGGUGAAGGAAUUGGGAAUUCCUUUAAUAGCUGUUGUAAUAGGGACGGUUCUAAUAGUGCUGGUCUACUGCGUUUGCAAACUGUAUAAAUGCAACGAUGACAAUAAUGAUCCACUGCCUAGAGUACAACGUGACAGUUCAAACCUAAAGCCAGAUAAUGAAUUUAGAAAAUGGUUGCGCAGCCGUCGCGCCUUUGAUGACGAUCCACCAAGAGUACAGGAACAUGACAGUGUUAACCAGAUGCCAGAUCCUAUAUUGUUAUCAGUGCUGGAAAAUCGGUCCUGGAAGCCACGAUCAGCCGCUGAAACUCCAAUGUUAGUUAAAGAUACUGACAGCUGCUUAAACGGGAAUACAGAUUCAUUAGGAGUGUUAGAAUAUAGAUCUUGGGAGCCACGGUCAGCUGCGGAGACUCCAAUGUUAGGAAAAGAACAUGGUGAGAGCAGCGUGCAUCGGAACGAAGAGGCUUUAGGAGUGAACCAACAUCGAUUUUAACUUCAUGAUGUUGUGUACAUUACUUAUAUUAUUUUCCAAAAUUGCAUUGUGUAAGGUCACCUAGGGCAAUUGAAGGAACUCUAAAAAUACUAGAUGUGAGUUUAGAGAGCCACUUGUAUUCAUGACACAGUUCCUUUUUUCUUGUAUUUAUAUAUUUAUUGCACAAAUAAAGAAAAAUAUACAAACGGCGCCAAAAGGCAUUCUCUACCAGUCAACUAUUAGGUCAAGCAGAGAUAUUUGUGUAUGUUGGUGCAGGAGAAAUUAAUAACAAGUAAUAAGGAGAUAGUUAAACGUGAAAUCAAAUAAUAUAAAAAAUAUAUACAUAGUUAAAUACUAUUACUUAAAAAGAGUUGCAUUUGUCCCAUAGGUGCAAUUGUGUACCUACUUGAUACAUGUUGAAUAUUAUAACAUAGCUAAAUGGAUAGAAAAUAAGCCAUCCAUUAUAAAAAAAGUGGAAUUUAAAGACAUAUUCAGAUUAUAAAAAAAUACACAAGGCUCCAAAACGUCAUUAUUUUUUAAAACUUUCAAAAAGAAAUAAGGAAAUGGUACCAUUGGAUUCGUUACAUUAUAUUGAAAAAUAAAUUGUAGAUAACUGUAUACCUAAACGCAAUAUUUCUGGGUAUAAAUAGCAAUUUUCUUGAUCUUUCAUACAUUUAGGACAGACUAAUGUAAUGUGAGGUGACAUUACAAUAUCAUUUUGUUAUACUUGUAAUUUUAUUAUUUUCUUAGAGGAGUUUUAAUCAAUUGCUUUUAGAGCGAAGGGGUCAAGCACAGACACAUAUGCAAAUGCAAAGCACCCUCAGUAGUAUGACAACCAAUAUCGAUUUUUGGUUAAAUUUAAGAUCAAAUCGGUCGAUUUGAUCAUCCCGUCUGGACUGCCAUAACUCACAAUACGAGUAUAUGUGGCUCUCUAUCAGAAAAGGAUUCUGCAUUAGACGCAUAAGGACCUUUUUCUGAUAGAAAGGCCCCGAUGCACAUGAAGCAUCAAGAACCUUAUCGAUCGGGUCGACCAAGUCGAUGGAAAAACACAUAAAUGUUGGUUUAAGUAAAAGAUUUGAAAUUUUUGAAUUGAAAAGCAUACUUAAAAACCGGUGACUAUGCAAUGCUAUGACACCAUCAAGCUGGUCUGAUGAGUGAUGCUGAAGAAUGAAGGUGGUCAUCAUACUAUUUACAGUACAUGUGGUAGCACCUAUAAAUGCACUAGUGCGAAAAUUACCACAUUAUGUAACUAUGUAGAAAAUUUAAAGGGUCAUAUGUACUGUAAAACG